AUGGUUAACUUCACUCCGAUAGGAAAGAACUCUGCGGCAAACCUAAAUUCAUUCAUAGAUACUUUCGAUAAUUCAUGGAAGGCAAUCGAAGCGUUAAAAGUGGAUAAUUUAAGUGAUUAUUUAAUUUGUCAUUUAGCGUUACGUGGAUUAGAUACAACCACUAGAAAAUUAUUUGAAGAUAGUCGUGAUCAAAAAUUACUUCCGUCAUUCGCAGAAUUAAUGAGUUUCGUAAACAAUCAAAUUAAGGUACUCGAACACACAUUUCCUAAUUCGUACUCCAGUCCCGUGAUACUGGAACGUAAGCCCAUAACAAAAAAUCAAACAAUAUACAAUAAUUAUAAACCGCGUUCUUUAUCGGAGAAGCAAGCUCUUACUACUUCAUCAGCGUUGUCGAAUAAUAAUUUUAAAUCUAAUAAUAUUAAUUCUAAAUUUAUUUGUCUUCAUUGUAAUCAAAAUCAUAUGAUUUAUAGGUGUGAACAGUUUCGUAAACUGUCACCGGAUGCCAGAAUUGACCGUGUCAAGGCAUUAAAGUUAUGUACUAAUUGUCUAAAGGCAAAUCAUGAUAAUUUGUCUUGUAAAAGUGUAAUGUAUUGUGGUGUGUGUGACUCACCACAUCACUAUUUAUUACAUAAGGAUGCGGCGCAUGUGUCGGCUGUGUCGACGGUGUCCACGCCUUGUAAUAUCAACUUCACUUCGAAUAGAUCACAGUUACAGCAAGUGCUAGUUACCGGUCGUUCUGUGAGCGAGUCGGAAGCUGGUGCACAAAAAUUACAAAGUACUGAUAAUAAACAUAAUUACAGUGUCGUGUUAGGUACAGCGCGGUUGCAUGUUAGGGAUAUGUAUGGUGGAAGUCAGGACUGCCGUGCAGUGCUUGAUUCUGGAGCUCAGUGCUCUUUUAUAACAACGGAUUGUGCUCAACGUUUGGGUCUUCCGCGUAAACAGUGUCCUUAUUCGAUAUAUGGACUUGGGGGUGAGGCCGUGAAGAAUCACGGAAUGGUCACAUGUACAUUUUCAUCGCGACGUGUACAUGAGCCUUAUUUUACAGUAGAUAUGGUUGUAGUUAGUAAAGUAUCGACCGAUAUGCCUAACAUUUCGUUUCCGUCCACUGUGAUUGACGAAUAUAAGAACUUUACUUUAGCGGAUCCGUUUUAUUAUAAACGCUCCCGUGUAGAUAUUUUACUGGGUAAUGACAUAGUGUCGGAACUAAUUAAGGAUAAACCUAUAAUAAUAAAAUCUAAUAUUCCUCAAGUAAUUGAAACAGUAUUUGGAUUUGUUGUAAGUGGCAAAUUGUGGGUUAGUGAUACUGAUAAUAUGUUAAAUUCUUAUUUAUCUUCAUCAAUUAAUGAGGAACCAUCGUUAGACAUAACUUUACGUAAGUUUUGGGAAAUAGAAGAGUUACCUUGUCAGUCUGUCAUGAAUCCACUUGAUGAGUUGGCUGAAAAAAUAUUUAUUAAAUAUCAUACUCGGGAUAGCAAGGGUAGAUAUAUGGUACCUUUACUGUUUAGACCAAAUCAUCCUUCAUUGGGUGAUUCGUUGAUAAUAGCUGAGCGCCGAUUACGCUAUACGGAACGUAAACUAACACGGACCCCUAUGUUACAAAAAGCUUAUACGGAAUUUAUGAAAGAAUAUGAAUCACUAGAUCAUAUGGAACCGUAUAAUAAUUGCGUUCCUAGUAAAUACGUUAUUCCACACCAUAGUAUUGUACGUCCAAGUAGCUCGUCGACGCCUUUAAGAGUUGUUUUCGAUGCGUCUGCUAAGUCGGACAAUAAUGUGUCCUUAAACGAUAUUUUAUUGACUCGUCCGAAACUUUAUCGUGAUAUUGUCGCUAUUAUAUUAAAUUUUCGUCUUUUUCAAUAUUGUCUAGUGAGUGAUAUUUGUAAAAUGUAUCGUGCUAUUUCGUUAAGAAAAGAGGAUCGUUGUUGUUAUCAACACAUAUUGUACCGCGAUGCUCCGUCAAAACCUAUACAACUAUAUGAAUUAAAAACUGUUACGUAUGGUUUAAGCUGUUCCCCAUUUCUUGCAAUACGUACUUUAUUACAACUGGCGGAUGAUGAAGGUGAACAAUUUCCUAUGGCCGCUCAGGUGUUACGUGAAAAUAUAUAUAUGGAUGACAUUUUAUGCUCAUGCGAGAACUUACAGUUAGCAUGUAAAUUACAGGACGAGCUAAUUGAAUUAUUAAGUCGCGGUGGUUUUGUACUCAAGAAAUGGGCGAGUAAUAAAGUCGAGUUAUUAGAGCGAGUUCCCGUGGAACAUAGAGAAUGUCCUAUUGAUUUUAUUAAGGAUGAGAAUGAAUGCACUGUCAAAGUUUUAGGCCUACGUUGGGUUCCGUUAUCAGACAGGUUCAAUUUUACAGUAAAUGUUAAAGAUUAUGUGAACACAAAGCGAUCUGUAUUAAAAAUAUUAGCAUCGAUAUAUGAUCCCGUGGGUUUUAUAUCGCCUUGUUUAUUUAUGGCUAAAGAAAUAAUGCAAGAUCUAUGGAAGUUAGGAAUAGGAUGGGAUGAGCAGAUGCCUGCACAUAUAUGUAAACGUUGGACAGAUUUUAUUACUGAAUUACCGUGUUUGUCUGAAAUUCUUAUUGAACGACACAUGUUACUGCCUAAUCAAUUGGAAUGUGAAUUAGUGGGAUUUUGCGAUGCAUCUUCUCGGGUUAUGCCGCGUGUGUUUAUGCUAUUAGUCGAGAUGAUGAAGGGCGUGUUAAAGUAA